AUGAACAGAAUCUUCAAGCUUGCCACUAGAAUUCCAAGACGGCAAUUUGCCUUUUCCGUCCCAAGAAUGGGAGUUCAAAUUGAAACGAUAACUCCAGCGCCAGAUGCGAGUGCGAAACCAACUGUAGGAAAGAGAGUCGCGGUUCAUUACACAGGGACUUUGGAGGACGGCUCUGUCUUCGAUUCUAGCAGAGAUCGGGGCCAGCCGUUUGUUUUCGCCCUUGGAGUCGGCCAAGUUAUCAAGGGCUGGGAUGAGGGAGUCGCUCAAAUGGCCAAGGGACAGCGCGCCAAUCUCAUCUGCACUCCUGACUACGCUUACGGACCUCGAGGUUAUCCACCAGUGAUUCCUGCUAAUGCUACGCUUACUUUUGACGUAGAGCUACUUGACUUUGAAUAG